AUGUUUCCGUCGCUUCAUCCCCAAGUUGUCGAGGCCGUCGGCGAAGGGAUUUGUCCAGAUUGGGAAGGCAAUGCAGUCCAAGCUGGUCAAUAUACCAACGAGUACAACACGAAUGUUUCUGGUCGUUUCCGGUGUUCCAAUCCGGCAUGCUCCAAAAGCUGGGCCAGCGGACGGGUGGCCAUACGAAUAACGGCAUUUAAAGGCCAUCGUUACAGUGCCAUGGUUUACAACCAGCAUUGUAAAGCAUGCAACAACCUCGGGAUUAUGAAGCUCGACGAAGUGCACUAUGUCGAGAGAGUGUCUUAUCGGCUGAAGAAGUGGGCAGGUAUUCCGCAGGAAUUGCCACCCUAUCGAGAGAAAGCUGGUCCCCCACAUAUGGCUCACCUUUGCGAGGGAUGUAUUCAAGGCCAUUGUCGGCAAGGAAACCGCGAUGAUAUCCUUGCCGGGUUCCAAAAUUUGAGUCUGGAUUAG